AUGGUGGCUUACGACAAGGCCAAGUCAGACGGAAUCACGCUACCGUGCAAGCAUGUGGCCCAGUUGAACCUUCCCGGGUUUUACAGGUGUUGCAUGUACAAAUGGAAGCAUGCACGUCAAGCCCAACAAUGGACUUUGGUGUGCGCCUGUGCACCCAAACUUGCGCGGCAGUACAAAGAAUUGCCUGAUUCCCUGAGAAACCUUGUCGGGCUGAAGCUGAAAUUCAGGGGAAGGUCUUCAGAUGAUGGCGAGUCUACGGCUACAUUGCCAUCUGCAUUGACAGAGGCAGUCUCACAUGUCGUCGUUGAUCGGAUUUCCACUGGCGAAGAGGUCACCCACACCUUUGCAAAGAAUGCCUUGAUAAUGGCCAUAGAUCAAUGGAACCACGCUGUGCAACAAGCGCGGGAGCAACUCAGCGAGCCGGGGGUGCUUUUGAGGGAGGUGGAACGCACCAUGGAAUCCAGUGCCGAGGAGAGGUCUGAGGAGGUAUCGGAGCAGACUUUGACAAAGAUCUAUGAGCAACUUUGCAAGGAUGUGCCAUUCGUCAAACAUGCGCAAAGAAUAUGCCGGAAAAGUGGACUGUUGCCAACAUCCAACAGUAAGCCUGGGCGGCGUUUGCCAUUUAUGCGUCCUCAAAUGGUCAAGGUAAGAAGUUGGAUCCAACAUCAGAUUGCCAGUGGCCGCUACCACGGCAGGCUCAUUGCCAACUUCGACCAAGUUUGGAGCUUGCAGUUUCGCCCAUUGGCUCGAACAUUGCAGCAAAGAGCCAAGGUGGAUGAACAUGCCCGCAGUCAAUCAAUGCGCCGCAUCAGGCACAUCAUUGAAAGAGUUCUGGACCGUCCAUUCACAGAAAGCCUGGACGGUGACAGCAUGGAAGAUGCUUCACGUUGUGCUCGAGUACAAGGCGGCGAGGCAGCAAUGGCAGGUGUGGAGGGUUGGCGGCUACCUCACACUGUCACAACGGUGAGCUGGGCUGACGGAAGCCUCAGCCGGGCCUUCAUAACCUGCAGAGCAGACUGCCUCUCCGAAUCCCAACGGUGCCAAGCCAACCAGGCACCGGGUGGAAUACAUUCUAACUGUACAUCCUGCACAUCGUGUCGGACUCAAGCACUGUUUUGCAAGGUUCAUGGAUCAAUUGAAGGGUUCAUGGAUCUUUUGAAUACAUUGCCAGCCGGAUGGAAUUUGUAUCUAGUUAAUUGGCGGGUUGACUGA